AUGUUUAACUGGUUUAAAUCAACAAGUUCUUUUCAAAAUACACAACAACAAACAGCAAAUGAUCCUUCUCCAAACAUUUUUCAAGCUAUAAAUGUAGCCACCUCAUCACUUCAAUAUAAAAAUCAAAAUAGUAAUACCAAAAAUCCAUUGUUUCAAUUAAAGCUUGAUACACCAGAAGUAAUUGCCAAAUGGAUUGAAGAACGUAAAAAACGUUAUCCAACUGAAGCGAAUAUUGCACGUAAAAGAAAGUUAGAAGAAGAAAAAAAGGCUCAUGGACAUUGCCCUAAAGGCAAUGAUUGUCAAAAUUUACAUAAAGGAAAAUUAGUUAGUCCGCCAAUUAUUUCAAAAGUUCCAGAUCAUAAAAGAGUUCAUUGUAGAAAUUUACGUGAAAUGCUAUUGUAUAAGGAAACCGUAAAGGAAAAAAAUGUGAUUUUACAGUGUCUUAGAUAUAUUGUAAAGAAAAAAUUUUUUGGGAUUGCUACCAAUAGGAUGUUACAAGAAGAAAAAAAUAAAGGUGGACCAGAAAUUGUUGAAAUGAAAUAA